AUGCCGUUCACCACUAUCUUACCCCCUCGGGUCAAGCCUCAAAAAACUCGAGGUCUUGCAUUAGAGAGGCUUAUCUUGAACCAUCUUUCCUUGAGCUCGUGGUUGCUCAUUGGCUGCCUCUUCCAGUCACUCAUUCUCGCUUUGACACCAUCAGCAUAUGCACAAAUCCCCAUGCUUGGUGCACUCGCCAUUCUUGGAGUUCGCUUGAUCAAGGCAGUCCUCAUCACCUACGGUCUUAUAAAGAAUCCAUACCUUGAAGGAGUCGUCCCACAGAAAUACGCUGCCCAGAUACCUAACGCAGAUGGGGAAUUUUCAGAUGUGCCUGCGUCGGAGCGAGUUGGGGGGAGUCACUGGCAAUCCUACGACGAGCGAGGCGCACUGGAGAACAACUUUAUCGCCUACUGGCGUUCUAUCGAGGAUGUGCACAGGUUCGCGUACGGCGAGAAGCAUCGGAAAGCUUGGGACUGGUUUAACUCCCUAACAAAGGAGCGGUCGGAUUUUCUUGGUAUUAAUCACGAAAUCUUCUCCUCCGAACCUGGGCAGUGGGAGGCGAUUUAUGGUAAUUUUCAGCCAACUCUCCUUGGCGCAACCACCUACCUGAAAAAGGGUGAUAAAAUGAUCGGCGGAACUGUGGAAGAUAAAUGGGUCAGUUCUCUGGUAGACGCCAGGAGGGGAAAAUUAAGAACCAGUGCCGGAAGAUUGGGGUGGCAGCCAGAUGUGUUGGAAAACAAAUAUACCCACACCCAGUUAGUUUAG